AACAUUAGGAGGGAAAAAGGAGGAACUUGAGAGCUAACUAUUGUCUUGGUUAAGAAGUCUGUUUUGAACCAGUUGUAAAAUGUCUCUGUCCUUUUCUUUGGAGGAGAAUUAUUCUCUUUUGCCACUCAAUGAUUCAUUUGUACCAAAUGAGUUAGGUUCACCUUCACGUCAUGGACGUGUGAAAGGUUACGACGAAGAGUUUGAUCCGCCAUUGGAAAGCAAGUACAAAUGUACUAUUUGUCAUCUUGGUCUUCGAAAUCCUGUGCAGACGUUCUGCGGCCACAGAUUCUGUAGAGAAUGCAUUUUACAUUCAAUGAGGUACUAUGUGAAAUGUAGUUGAAGUUGGGAUGUUGUAUUAGAAUGAUUUUAAAAUUACAAAUAGUCGAAUAAUACAAGAAAGUAGAAAUAACUAAUCUUAUAUUACAUAUUAAAUACUUUGAAAUCCCUUCAUGUCAUUUGUUUGCUUCGAAUCUUAAACGAUCAGUUCGCAUAUUGGAUCGAUUUUUCAGCAGUUUGUUCGGCAGUCUGAAAUUUGAUUCUGUGCCGAUUUUGAUCGAUCGAUUGCCUAGAGUUUACAGACCACCCUGGGUACCUGGUAGUGAAAUGGCGGAUGCGUAAAUUCAGUGUGCACUGAAAGAGUACUUUGGAAAAUUUUAGGUUUCUUCGCGUAUGAGCGAUUGUUUGUCAUUACUUAAAUAGAGACUAUAUAAGGCUAUGACAGUCACAAAUGAAAGACUAAUGCAUUAAGUUAUGGUUACGUAUAUAUAACUGAAUUAUUUGCUCUUAUUUUAAUCCAUGCAUUCCGAACUUGAUAUUUCUCUUUUCCUCAUUAACUAUGACACUAAGAAAUUGAAGCUAAUAAACUAAUUGUGUUAGUACAGUGCACCUAUGCUCAAGGUUAUUCAAAGUCCCUAGAUUGGCAAAAGGAAAUCAGAACAUGGUUGCCAGAAACAUAAUUUUAAUCGAAGUAAUAGCAAGCAAUUGUCGUUGAAUUUUAACAUGGCCUCUCAAGUAAUUGCUUGAGAACUAGUUCAUAAUAUUUCAUGUGAAUAAAGUCUCUAUUAGUAUGAAUCUAGACAUCGAUAACUGAGAGGUCUGUACUGGGUACAGGCAGGUUAUGUGUUAGUCCUUUUCUUCGGAUUGAGUAAUUUGCUUGGCAUAAGAGUCAUUGCUUUCAGUAGAAACAAAGGCUAUGUUUAUAUAUAUGUAUGCUAUGCUAUAUAUAUGUUUUAAUUGCGGAAUUACUUUAAUAUAUUACUGCUUAGGUAUCUUUGCAUGUGUUAUUAGUAAUCAAGCCAACAAGCAGGCCACAAGUUAUUUCUAGCUUCUAAGAAAGUUUUAGUUUUCCUCUCACCCACACCAUUGACAGUUUUGAUUGUUUCUUUAUUUCAUUGGUGUUUGUAAUUUAUUCCUGGUUACUAGAUCAUUGUUAUAGUAUGUUCAUUAAAUAUCUUUUAUGUAGUAGUCAAGUGUGCUAUUUAGGUAGGAUAUAUAUAUGCAUUAAAUAAACUGUCAAGUCCCAAAACUAGCCUCUGUUUGUUGUGUUGUUUAGGCUGAUGUUAUCUCCCUUUAAUUCGAGGUAAUAAAAUUGAAAAUGUUACAGCUUGCUUAUUGUAUACUUGACCACUGAAGACAGGUUGCCUCUUUGGUGACUCUUACUGAAAAAGUUUUUUCUACAUGCCAUAGUGACCAAAAUGGUUGCAGCUUAGUUAUUUAUUCACUUAUUUUGUGCAAUUAUCAAUAUAAGAUUUUCAACUGCCUAUUAUAAUAUUAAAGUUUAAACUAUACCAAAAUAUUAAACCGCUCUAGCAAUACAGUACUGAACAAGAGGACAGACUCAUGAAUGAUAAUACUGAUGGGUCAUGUAGCAUGCUAGGCACUUCACUCAAAACCUGUCACUAAGCAGUUAGGUAGUGAGAAAUGCAGUCCUUAAGAUUGUAACAUUUGUUUUAUUCAUUCAUAUCCUUCAUUACUUGUUUUAGGGAUAGCCAUGGUGACUCACUUUGCCCUUUGGAUAGAACACCUUUGUCAGAAUCACAGGUAAAGCACUUUUCUCUUAAUUCAACCCUUAGUGACAAGCUUCCAAUUUCUCCUUACAAUAUCACCCCAGAAUCAUACAUUAAGGUCCCAAGAAUAAAGGAAAUGAUUACAAACUAAAGAUGCUCUUGAUUGUUGAACAGAUUCUCUUUACCUGCACCACAGUUAUAAAAUAUAUGGAGAGCAGUAUGGAUAAUUACAUGUUCUGAUGUUGGUGUAAUGGGUUGAACAUUUAACUCUGAAGAUCUAAAUAAUUAUUCUCCACACUGGUUAUAAUUCAUCACUUACACUUUUUUAAGUAAAAUUUGGUGGUUAAUCAAGCAAUAUGAAGUUGAUCAAUUUUCCACUUCUUGUCACCUUUUCUACUUGAAAAUGUUUAUAUGUUCCUAGGAGUGAAAAGGCCAAGUUGAAUAUGAAAAGCAUUGAAAUUUAGACAGUAUAUUUUGCAUUUUUAGUCAAAUUUCUCGUCUGGUACAUGAUGAUGAGAUAAACAUUAAUUAAUAUGAAACAUCAUGUGGUAAUUAUGACUUAAUUAGCCUAAAUUGGUAAAUUGUAACAAAACUUUUAAGUCAAUUUUGUUUUCAUCUUUAUUCCUUAGUUUUACCCAGACAAAUUUGUGGAGCGUGAAAUUUUGGAAUUUGAAGUAUUAUGUCAAGCCAAGAAACAAUCUGGGUGUCUAUGGAAAGGUCCCCUUUCAACAUUAGAGGUAUGAACAGAGUGUGCUUGUGCACUCAAAUUUUAUGGUAAUUUGUUAGUAUCAUCUGAGUUGAUAAUGUAAAAAAGCCACUGUUAAGAGUUUCAAAGCUGAUGUCUCGAGCGUUAGCCUUUUGUCAGAGCAAAUGAGGAAGGGCUAACAGCAAAGUACCAGCUUUGAAACUCUUAAGGUUGGCCGGUUUAUGUCAUUAACUCAGUUGUUAAUAUUAAAUUACCUUGUUAUACUCUCCCACCAAUGCAGCACCCACCAAAAAAUUGUAAGACAUACAUGCAAACCUCAAAGCUACAGACUAAUUACCUCUGAUAUUUGUUAAAGGCUUAUUCAUUAAGAUGCAGAAACAACAUUUUGUAAUGAAUUCUGAUAUUUAUGGUUUUCCGAGUUUCACAGAAAGUAAUUGACUGAAGACACUCUAAGAAUCAAACAGUAAUAAACAAUUUUACAACUCAUAUGUCAGAAACUAUGGGCGAUAGUUUUGUUGUUACGUUGCACUAAGAGAUUGGAAAUAGGUGAAUAUAAGAAACUGGAAACUCAUGAGAAGGAUCUUUGUUCUAUUAGAGAAAAACGUUGUCUUAUAUGCUCAGCUUGUGUUGAACUGCAGAUGUGAUAACAGAGAAAUGUUCUUCUAGAUAAUUGAAAAUUUAAUUUAUAAGGAAAUAUGUGUUGGCAUGUUUUCAACAUCAUGUAUAUCUCUGAAUGAUCUCAUGCAAUGAGUAGCAUCACGAGGUACAUGUAUGUUGAAUUAUCAGGUAAUAGCACCUGUCCAGUUUGAUAUUGUCUAGAUUUAGAUUAGUGACCAUGAAAGACUGCAGGUUGACUGGACUUACAUAGAUACCAAACCUCACUAAAAAACACAUUCACAGCCAAAAAACAAACAAACAAAAAAUUAAAAGAUUGAUUUAACAGCAUAUGCCUUAGGCUUUUCCCUUUUGUAGCUAGUUUAUAAAUGUUAUUAUGUUUAAUAUCUGAGUAUGAGUAUAAUGAAGAAAGGAUAACAAAAGGUAUUAAAACAGAUCAACCUCUCCUGGCUUCCUGAAGUACUGUAUAAGAGGAAAAUGCCCUCGAUUUGAAAGUUUUUAAUUCUCAAAAGUUUUCACUUCAGCCCUUGAAACUCAAGGGAUUUAUUCUCUGAUAUAUCAGUGGCUACAUAGGAUUAAUGUACUUCUCUCAAUUUUCUGCUUGACAGGAUCACUUAAGUGGAUGCCAAUUUGUUGUUGUGAACUGUAAACACAACUGUGGCAAACAGCUACAAAGGAGAGACAUCCACCAACACAUGGAAGCUGAGUGCUUGUACAGGAAAACUCCAUGCGAACAUUGUGAGGAUCCAGUUUUAUGGAACGAAGUUGAGGCAAGCCUCUAAGUUAUAAAAGUGACCCAAAGAAAAAAUUAACUUUUCUUGUCAAGUACUUUAAUUAUAAUAAUGAACUUCACUAUGUGAAAUUGAAAUUUGUGGCAACAGAAUGAACGACUCCACAUUGUGUAGAAACAAAAAAACAUCUACUUUAACUCCUCAACAGUAAAAUGAUGUUGGUUAAAACUAAAAUAACAAACAAUUACAAUUAAGUUACACAGUAUAUGAUAUAAAGAAAUUACAAAACAGGACAGAAAGAGGACUAUAGAGCAGUUACGUAGUUACCACCACAGAAAAGACCAAUAUUGAUACUGCAAAUGCUAGGGCCAAAAAAAAAGAAAAGGAAAAAGACUAGCAAGAAUGGCAGUAUGUUAUUGAACUAUGCUUAGCGCAAAAAACACGAAGAGAGGCAUAUUGCUGAUAUAUAUAUAUAUAUAUAUAUAUAUAUAUCAAUAAAUUAUGCUAGGUGGCAAUAUGGUGGUGAUAAGGUGCCAAUGAAAACGAUAAAAAGAAAAAGGUGCUAAUGAAGUAGUUGCCUCCUGUUAAGAAAAGCAGGAUAUGCUCGAGCUGGAUCAGAGCCACUUGGUUCAAGCACAGACUUAUUCCUCUAAGUUGGUGAUGUCAAUUUUUUUUUACCUAAUCAUGAUUUGAAGUGACUGUUCUUUUCAGAAACAUUUUGAAAACUGCUCCAGGUAUCCUCAGCAAUGUGAAAAAUGUAAAGAGGAGGGCAUUAAAAGAGACAAGGUAACAAUUUUAUGUAGCAAUUUUUUAUGUAGGGAAUUUUAUGGAUCAAUUUAUAAUCCCCUAACUUAUAUUUUUCUUCAUUCUUGUUACUUGUCUGCUUGAUAUUGAAUUUAACUAUUGAGUUAAAGGGUUAAGGGGUCACAGUCACUCUUUCCUGAGUCCCAUUGGUUUGUUUGUAUUGUCUAACACCUGUAUUGAAUGGUGAAUUAAAGCAGAACCACUCAACUAAAACUAAGAAUGAUCUUUCAAGUUAUUUUAAAUUUGUGUUUCUCUCCCAAAUGAAAUUAAGUUACUGUAGUAUUUUUGAGCAAGAUUCUUUAAACUAAGUGGUCAGUUAUGCCAUAAAGUGGUGCUGUUUAUUGUUUUUUAUAAUGGGCCUUAUCUGUGGAACCUGUAUUACACAGUUAUCCUGACAUUCCGUGUGUGUGACCACUCAAUAAAGGUUUCAGUGGUAUCAACACAUGAAAUUACAGCUUAAAAUGUAGUAGAAAAUGGGACUGAAUCUAUGGGCUGGUUAUUUAAACAGAGUUAGCUGCUGGUUAAAGAAACAGCAUCCCUAACAAUCCUCAAUUUAGCUGAAUCUUUCAGCAGAAUGCUUUAUUGUUAUGUAUUUGUUAGUACUUUUUUUCUUAAUUAGAUGAAAUUCCACUUGGAACACAAUUGCCCAAAAGUGAAGAUAGAAUGUCCCUUUAACCUUGUUGGGUGUGCAUUUGAGGUAACAAAACAGUACUUAAAUAGCAGUUAUUUAAUAUUUUGAAGUUGUACACAUGUAAGUUUCACUGUAAAAGCCAAGUUCUUUUAGAAAUUGCAUUGACAUCAUUACCCAAACAGUUCAAUUUAAAUGCCCUUUGCACUUGCUGUUGUUGUCAGUUUUUCCUUGUAAGUUUACCUGAUUACCUGAAAUUCUCUCGGGAGCCUGAAAAAUUAUAAUUCUUGAGUUCAUACAUAGUUAGACUAAUUAAGUCUUCUCUAUUUUUUUGUAGGGCUUACGAUCUGAUAUUGGAAAACACCUUGCUAAUGAGCAUUUUCAUGAAAUCAUGGAUUUAAUGAAAAUUGUAGUGAGCUAUCAAAUGGAAGUCACAAGAAAAGAUUCAAACCAAAUAGAAGUCAAAUCCAAGGGUGAAAAUGAAUCUCUUAUUGACAGAAAAGAAAAACAGAUUGAGCAGCUAGAAAGUGAGGUUGGUGCCCUCAAACAAACUGUUUGUGAGCUUUCCAUACAUACAUACAUACAUACAUACAUAACUUUAUUUGAUAACGCAGGUUAAAAUUUGCGCAACUUUACAGCUGAUGUGGACCUGCCUAAACUAAUUAGUCUAUAAUUAUAUAAAAUACAGAUAUGAUAAAAUUUAUAAGUUGAAUAAAUCAAGUAAACCAUAAAGUUUUAGUAAUAGUGAAAAUUUGGUUUCAUGUUUUGUAUAACAUUACCUCCCUUUUCAAAAUUAAUAUUCAUAACAGUUUGCUUGGAUUGUUUUAAGUUAUAUUUAAAAAUAGAUAAAUUUGGAGAAUCUUUAACAUUAUCGGAAGUGCAUUCCAUGCUACUGCAGAUCUAUGAGCAAAGGACCUCUGACCCAAUUCGGUUUUGGGCCUAUUAAGUACAACAUUCAGGGAUUUCCUUAGGUUAUAACUGUUAGAGUUCUUGGUCACCAAACAAUUAAUUUCCAUACCCUAAAUUAUAAUAAGCAUUAUAUGUAAUAGUUAAGAUAAUAGCUUAUAAAAAUACUCUAAAGGCAUCCAGCCAACCUUAGAAAGUACAUCAUUAUCCCCAAAACUAUUUGGUAUCUUAUGAAUUAGCCUGGCAGCCCUGAUGUGAAUCAUUUCUAGAUCUUUAAGCUUGGAUCCAGACCCCCAAAUUGCAAUUCCAUAUAGAACACUUGGUAUAACUAUCCUAUAGUAAAAAGUCUCCAAGAUAGAUGUACAUAGGAAAUUUAUACGUCUCAACAUUUUAACUUUGGCAUUAAAUACAGAUCUAGCCAAUGCAACAUGCUGAGACCAAGAGAGUUUAUCAUCAAUUGUAACCCCAAGGCAAUUGGUGGAGGACACAUACCGAAUGGUGUCCAUACCCCACUUCAGCUGUUUCAAAGGACCUAUGAAGGGGUAGUACUUAAGACCAUUGCCUCGGAUUUACCUUCAUGUAGAAUCAAUCUGUUACUAAGACACCAGGAAUUAACCUGGUCCAAAACAGCCUGUAACCCUGUUGUUAUUUCAUCAACAGUAUUCCCUACUACAUAUAUUGUUGUGUCAUCAGCAUACAUAUAGACUUCUCCACUGGUAAUAGAUUCAGGGAGGUCAUUAACAUAAGAUGCAAACAAUCUUGGUCCUAGUAAGGAUCCCUGAGGGACCCCAGCUCUAAUGGGGAUUCUAUCAGAUCUAGACCCACUUACACUAGUCCCUUGUACACGGUUGGAGAGAUAGUCAUUGAUCCAUUUCCACAUAUCACCUGCCAAGCCAACAGCCUUGAGUUUCUCAGUAAGAAUACUGUGGUUGACACAAUCAAAAGCUUUAUGGAAAUCAAUGAAUAAGACUCCAACCUUAUGGCCUCUAUCCAGGGCACUCCCCAGGACUCAGUGAGAUGAAGGAGGAGGCUCUCCGUUGAAUAGCCCCUCCUAAAUCCCCAUUGUCUAUCUGUGAGAAUGCCAUUGGAUAACAUGUGAUCAUCAAGUGAGUCACACACUACCUUCUCAAGAAGCUUUCCUGGUGUACUAAGCAAGGAUAUAGGUCGGUAAUUGUUAGGAUCCAGCCUGUUCCCUUUCUUAAAAACAGGUGUAACUAAUGACUCCUUCCAUUGUUGAGGGAACUUACAACAGUCCAUGCUUUUUUGAACACCUCUAGCAGACCCUGAAUAGCAGAGCCCUGUGCCAAUUUAAGAUCUUUAGGAAAAAUAUUAUCAGGGCCUACUGCUUUGUUUGGAUUAAUAGACUUCAAAACAUCUCUAACUAUAUCCCAAUUCAAAGAAAAAUUCUCUAUAGUGGGAGUAAUUCUAUUAAUAUAAAAAGUAGUAUCUAAAUGUACUGGAUCCAAGUUCUUAGUAAGAUCAUGUGCAAUAUCAAUAAAAUAGUUAUUAAUCAAAUUCGCUUUCUGCCUAUCAUCUGAAAUAAUAGUGUUAUUAGAAUCUUGUAGGGGACCAAUUUUAUCACUUUUGGUCUUACCAAGUAUACGAUUAGAUAUUCUCCAGAAAUCUUUAGGUGAAGAAGAUUCUUUAAAUAGCCCAAUCCAGUAAGAGGCCUCAGCUUUUCUGAGCAUACUUCUAACAGCGUUUCUUUUAGCUCUAUAGAUGUCCCACUGAGGAUUAUCAUGGGGUUUACCUUGAGCAGCUUUUAAACACUUAUACCUUUGAUUCAUAGCCUUUCUGAUUUCGGUAUUGAUCCAGGGAAGUGACUUGUGUCUGACCUUCACAUUCCUUCGUUUGAUGUUGGACUCUAUAAUGUCUUUAAACAUGGUUUCCCAUAAGUAAACACUGUCCUCAACAUCCUCUACAGCAGACACAAUAUGCCAUGGAGCUUCCUCUAAGGACCUCUGGAAUUUUUCAUUAUCCAUAUCCUUAUAGUUCCUUACUGUAAUAAGCUUAGGCUUUGAAUUACUCCUCCUUGUAGAAAAGGCAGCAAAUAUAAGAUGAUGGUCUGAAAUGCCCAGGUCAAUAGAACCAGCUAAGACAUUUGAUGCAUGCAAAUUAGGACUAACAAUAAUGAGGUCGAUAAGUGACUUAGAGUUAGCUGUGAUGCGCGUUGGUGAUUCAAUGACGUUAACGUAACCAAAACGCCUAAGAAUUCUUUUCAUUCUAUUACAGUCAUAUGGCGCAUCUUGAUCUGUAUCUGCCGUAUUAGCUAAGAGAUUACAGUUAAAAUCACCUAAUAAUAUGACAUUCUUCCUCUUGAUCCAUAUUUUAUUAAGCAGGUCAUGUAAGUCAUCAUAAAACGUGAUUGAUUUAGGUGGUCGGUAUAGGCAGCCAAGUAAAGUAGACUGUGAUCUUAUGGUAAUGUUAAUCCAUACAGCCUCCAAGUCCUGAUGAAUGUCCCACUUUAGGUUUUCAGAAAUGUUCAAAUUAUCGCGAUAAUAUAUUACCACGCCGCCACCUUUCAAGCCAUUUGAUCUAUCUCUUCUCACCGUGUUAUAACCAUAUAUUCUUAUUAAUUCAUUUGAUAGGUCUACGGUCAGGUGGGUCUCAGUAACGCCCAGGAUGUCGAAUUCAACCUCUUUUAAUAGGAAUUGAAUUUCAGACAAUUUAUUAGUAAGACCAUUGAUAUUUAUGUGUCCAAUCUUUAAGUUCUUGUUGUUGCCCAUCGUAGUCUUUAACGUAGUGAAAACAUCUUCGUCAGGUUCAGACACCACGUCAUCGUCAAGGUUUAAGUCAAAAGAACUGGCAUCGGCAAAGGGAAGAGCCCUCAGUUCACAGAAAGGGCAGUUCCAGAAGAAAUGAUCGAGGAGUUGAAGUUUGUUGUAUUCACUUGGGUUAACUCUUCCACACUUUAUGUGGCACCAACGGAGACAGAUAUCGCAUUCUAUUGCACGGUGAGUUUUGGCGACAGCUCUCUCGCAAAUUGGGCACUUAGGGCUGUUAAGUGGGGGACCAGGAUUAGGAUUAAUGUCACCACUAGUUGAGAGCCUUAUCAAAUUAAAGGUGCUGACUGAGUUGGGAUACAGAGAAACCCGAGUUGAGAAGAACCUUCUACCGUGGGAGCGAUGAUACGUACCACGUGGAGGAAAUGUAGCCAGAGUCGGGUAGAAAAAAUCCUUUCGCCAAUCCAUGGCACACUCCGAAGCAUCACUACGCAUUUCAUUGGCUUUUCCGAAGGCUUCGACAUCGAAGAAGCAACAGUAAAAGCGAGACUGAACCAGAAAAGCAUAUAAAGUGACGGAACUCCAAGAAAAACGUCCAACCGCCAUGGCUGACCACCCACCUCCAGCCACAUGAACUGUUUAGAGCUCCAGCAAAAGAAAAUGCACAGCUUGGUGCUUAAACAGGAAAUCAAGUAAGUGUCCUGUUUUGUUCUCUUUUAAAAAUGUUGUCAAUUAACAGGUUUGUAAUUCAGUUGUGUUUCUAAGUUGAGUGGAGCUAAAUGUUCAAACUCUCAAUCUCUUACACUCUGCAUCGUAUAUCCCAUCCUUAUGCCACUUCAAUCUUUGACACAGUGUUGACAGCUUUAUUGGCUCUGUCAGCAGGCUUGUCAAAAAGAGCAUGAGUAACCAGACUGUGAUACAAAAUAGGCAGCACUUAAUACUUUAUUUCCAUCAAUGUCAUGCUUCCUUAUUAAAAAUUGAGCCACAAGCUAAGCAUUCAAAAUAGUUGUUGCAUUUGUUAGAGUGGAUGGUAAAAUGUGGUGGUUGCCAGCUUAUUUUGUCAACCCUGUCUAUGGACAGUUAUGUGAUGGUCACCAAAAUGUGAUUUAUUCCUGCUGUUUCUAAUAAUAUUAGUUAUUAGAUUUAUGAGUGUUAAGACCUGUAAAACAUAAAAUAAUGAGAACCAACUGUCAAUAAGUGCCAGGAAAUGAACUUAAUCCCCCCCCCCUAAAAGAUUUGAACUGCUUAAAUAAUGAUAAUCUGCCUAUUCCUGAAAUGAUAGGCUACAUUGGGGAGAAGGGCAUUCAUGUGAUGGAAUGUACCUCUGGAAGAUAGAAAACAUUGCCAAAUGUCACCAGGAUGCUGUCAGUGGAGCAAGUACAGUGAUGUAUAGUCCAGGUUUUUACACCAGUCCAUAUGGGUACAAAUUGUGCUUGAGGAUUAACUUAAAUGGUUUGGAGAAUGGAGAUGGUACAUAUGUGGCUUUGUUUGUUCAUGUGAUGAGAGGUGAUUAUGAUGAGCACUUGGAAUGGCCAUUUUCAAAGGGUUUUAAGUUAUCUAUUAAGGAUCAGUCUGAUGUUGUGGAGUCCCGACACCAUAUCACAAAAAAAGUGGUGGCUGAGUCUGAACUGAGUGCAUUUCAGAAACCUGUGGCUCCAUUCAAUACAAUUGGUUUUGGUUACCCAGACUUUGCACCAACUGAGAUUAUUAAUCAACCACAGUACACCAAGAAAAAUACUUUGUUGGUGAAGUUUAAGAUUACUGGUUAGCCUAGUCUGGUGCCUCUGUGACUAGCCUUGGAAAAUCAUGAACAUUUAAUCUCAUGAAGAAAGAUUCUGCAGGAACUGCAAUUCAUAUUGCUAUCAAAUAGUAGACUGUAUAAUUUUCUGUACAAAGUAAAAAUUUGAUCACUCAGAAUUUAAACACUGAGCUGGUUAUUGAUAGGUUUUACAAAAUGUUUUUGAAGUGGCAAGUCACUUUAAAUAAUAUUUGUAUAUGUGUGUACUGUUUUUCACUUAUUUAUCAAAUGUACAGGAAAUCACGCAGUAUCUUGUUGUACAUAGUGUGAAAAGUAUAUUGCAUGAAGAUAAAUGUUUUACAUAGAGUACCAGUAUUUGUAAAAUGUUAAGUGGU